CCAUAUCAAAACACAUCUCAAUCCAAAUCAUAACCACUUUCUCUCUCUAUAACAAACUCAUCAAAACCGUUACAACAAAAAAACCAACAAUGGAUAUUGAAAAAAACCAACCAUUGGUAGCAAAAAAACUAUGGAAAACACUACGCAUAGUUUUGUUCAUGUUAACAAAAGGCAUAGCCAAAAGCAAAAUGGUAGCAGAAUUAAAUCUCUUGCUAAAACGCGGCAAAGUCGCGGCGGUUAAAGCCAUUGCCAACACUCUCACUCUCCGCCACCAUUCCUCCGCCGCUUCGUUCGUCUCGCCGCACGACUACGAAUUCAGUUGCAGCAACAGUCCUGCCCUCGUUAAAUUCAAUAACAAAAUUAAAAACCACCGCCAUCACCACCACCACCACCAUCACCAGAGCGAUUAUUCAACGGUUCAGAAGGUUUUAGAGAUUCUGAAUGACGUUGAAGCUUCUUCUUUUUCUUCUCCUUCUCCGAUGGUGACAUUUCCUGGAUUUGGAAAAAGUCCUAUGGGGAGAAAAAUCAGAAUCACGGAUUCACCGUUUCCGUUGAAGGAAGAAGAAGGAGAUGAUCAUGGCCAUGUUGAUGUUGCAGCUGAAGAGUUUAUUAAAAGGUUUUAUAGAAAUCUCAAUUUGCAACAGAAAUUGGCAGGGAUUCAAUCACCUUACAACAACUCCCGCGAUAGAUAGGACAUUUAUCGAUUGGUCCAGUUAAAUCUAAACAGUUGAAUUGAACUGGUACUGAUACUCAGAUAUUCAGUUUAAUUCAACGAAUUAGAUUUAACUGAACAUAUAAUCGAAAAGAUUCAAACACAAGUUUUUAUUUUAUUAUAAGCACCUUUUACAUUUUACUACUUGGUCAAGUAAAAAGUCACAUGAAUAUGAUUGCAUGUGAUUUGUUUUACUAUGAUGUCCCCUCUUGAAUCAUGGAUUUUCAAGAUGGAGAGGUGUUUGUGGUGCUUAUGGUUGAAAUAGGAUAGAAUUUUAAAGUUACACUAUGGGUUUGGUGUUAUGUAAAAUUCUGUUUUUAUUUUAUAAAUAAAUAUCAUAUAUGUGUA